CCAAUCCAAAUUAGGGUUUUUGCACUCACCAAUUCUCUUAAGAUCUGUUCAAUUGUAUUAUAAUUCCACCAAAAAUUUGAACUUUCAAUUCCCUAAAAAAAAAAAAGUCGAAUUUUGAUUAAUAGUCAUACAUUAUGAUGAAAUAAAUCGACAACAUAUUCUAUAUAUUAAGUGGGCCGAAACACAACGAACAUUUGUAAUAGUAAAAACAACAACAGCCGCCAUUAAAAGCACACCAGCUUUAUUGCCCUGUAAAUUUGUAACCUAAAUGCCUCAACCAUUGUUACGAGAAUCAAGCUUUCUCUCUCUUCAAUAUCUUCUUCUUCGAUCUGAAUUCUGAAGGAAGUUGAAUAUGGCUCGGAAAGGUCUUAUGGAUCAAAAGUUGAGUAUGUUGGAUGUGAAUAAACUACAUCCUCUUUCACCUGAAGUCAUUUCUCGUCAAGCCACUAUUAAUAUUGGAACUAUUGGUCAUGUGGCUCAUGGAAAGUCUACAGUUGUGAAGGCUAUAUCUGGAGUUCAGACUGUAAGAUUCAAGAAUGAGUUGGAGCGUAAUAUUACUAUCAAGCUUGGUUAUGCUAAUGCCAAGAUAUAUAAAUGUGAUGAUGAACAAUGCCCACGACCUAUGUGCUAUAAGGCAUAUGGGAGUGGAAAGGAAGAUAACCCUAUGUGUGAUGUACCUGGAUUUGAGAAUGCUAGGAUGAAGCUUCUUAGACAUGUGUCCUUUGUUGAUUGCCCGGGUCAUGAUAUUCUUAUGGCUACUAUGAUUAAUGGAGCUGCUAUUAUGGAUGGAGCUUUACUUCUUAUUGCUGCUAAUGAGAGCUGUCCUCAACCCCAGACUGCUGAGCAUCUUGCUGCAAUUGAUAUCAUGCAACUUAAGCAUAUCAUCAUCCUCCAAAAUAAGGUUGAUCUCAUCCAAGAAAAUGCUGCUGUAAACCAGCAUGAAGCUAUUGAGAAAUUUAUUCAGGGCACUGCUGCUGAAGCGUCCCCUGUAAUUCCAAUCUCUGCUCAAUUGAAGUACAACAUUGAUGUUGUGUGUGAAUACAUUGUGAACAAGAUUCCUAUCCCUGAGAGAAAUUUCGUCUCACCGCCAAGUAUGAUCGUGAUCAGGUCAUUUGAUGUUAACAAACCUGGGUAUGAGGUUGAUAACGUAUGUGGUGGUGUUGCUGGUGGAAGUAUUUUAAAGGGUGUCUUGAGGCUAAACCAAAAUAUUGAGAUUCGACCUGGAAUUAUUGUGAAGGAUGAUAGUGGCAAUAUUACAUGCACACCCAUAUACUCCAGAAUUGUUUCUUUGUAUGCUGAACAGAAUGAGUUACAAUUUGCUGUGCCAGGAGGUCUUAUUGGGGUGGGAACAACCAUGGAUCCCACUUUAACCCGAUCUGAUAGAUUGGUAGGUCAGGUACUCGGAGAGGUUGGAUCUCUUCCAGAUGUUUACAGUGAGCUAGAGGUGAAUUUCUACUUGCUUCUACGGCUGAUUGGUGUUAGAGCGAAGGGGACUGAGAAACAGGAAAAGGUGAAAAAACUGACAAAGGGAGAGAUUCUUAUGUUAAACAUUGGUUCCAUGUCGACUGGUGCCCGUGUAAUUGCAGUCAAACAUGAUGUGCGUUUGGCAAAAUUGCAACUUACAUGUCCAGUUUGCACAAGCAAAGGAGAGAAAAUUGCCCUGAGUCGACGAGUUGAGAAGCAUUGGCGACUUAUUGGCUGGGGACAAAUUCAAGCUGGUAAAACGCUUGAUAUCCCACCCUGCUCUUCAAGUUAAGAAGUCAGAAAGAGAAAAAGAGGGUGCCAGAGACUGGAACUGAUUCAACUGAA